CAGCUUACAAACACGAGACGGCUUCUGGCCGCGGUUCUGCCGUAUUCACCUCAAGCCUAUCCCCAUACAUGACUCGAUGUCUCGAUUUGCUGUAAGUACAGCGUCUGGCGAGGUGCAGUCCUUCCUACCAAACCCUGAAUUAUGGGACCUUUCGGGUGUCGACACUGUUAUUGCCAAUAUAGGACAAAUCUGUGGCAGGAUCGUUGUUGGACUCGUGGGAACAGUGUUGUGGAUGAUGAGAUAGGACCCGGGAUGCCUUCUGGCCCGACCUUCAGACGUCUUGCGUUGGGUGCAUUCGACAAGAUGAGGUCGGUGCGGGCAGCAGGCAAGGAUACACUUUACGGCUGAUUGGGGUGGAGACCUCGCCACUCUCAUAUGUAAGCAUGCACGAGAGUAACCAAACUCGAUGG